AUGAGAAUCACUUAUAGCAGGGGAAUCGCUACUGUUACAUUCGAUUCUCAGCGUCUCUUAAAUAUAUUCCCGAUAGAUGAUCUCCCCGACAUUGUUUUGGUUGACAUCCUUUGUCGACUUCCAUGGAAGUUUGUUCUUCAAUGCAAGUGUGUCUGCAGAUCUUGGUUGGCUCUCAUCUCCCAUCCUUAUUUCAAUAGCCGUCGUGCUCUAUAUCUCCGAAACCAUUGUGAUGACGACGAGAAAACUCUGAUGUUCGUCAAAAUUUCAAGGCCUGAACAUCACGCAAGAGAACUCUUUACAAUUUCAAAGCAGACUCCUCCAGUGUUAACAACACUCAAUUUUCUUCCCAGGAGCCUCAUCCAUUCUUUGGAUAUAGAGCUGGUUGUUGUAGCCACGUACAAUGACUUGAUUUUGUUGUGUGAAACAUGGGGUUUUCAAAGGAAGUACAAGUACUACAUCUGCAAUAUAUACACCAAGCAAUGGGUUGCUAUUCCUCCUACCAUUCAAUUCCCCCGGCCAGAUGUAGUCCGUGUAGGAGUGGGAUUUAUAUGUGAUUCCGACUAUAGGUGCCUGAUUGUACGACUCAUUCAGUUUGAAGCAGAACCUGACUUCCGAUUAAAGGUGGAGAUGUUCUCUUCCGAGACUGGUAAAUGGAUAGAAUCAGUUGUCCUAUGCCCGCAAAGGUUUAGACCUGCUGAUCUCAAGCCCAUUACACCAGCCCUUGCUUACGAUGGAACCCUGUACUGGUUAGGUCAUGGUGGCUUUCUUAUUGGGUUGGAGCCUUUCAAGCUCAACCAUAACCAUCAUUGUCGUUUUAUUUCCAGGCUUCCAGUAUACUUUCGUGAACUUCCCACCGAGUGCCUGGGUGUGUGCUGGGGUUGUGUGAGGUUGUGCCGGUUGUAUGUAAAUCAUUCGACUCUUGAUGUCUGGGAGCUGAAAGAAGAUGAUGAUCGUGAGGUGGAUGAAGUUGGAGGCAAAAUGAUGAAAUGGUGUUUGAAAGAGAGGGUCAUCGUGGACCAAACUUUUUUGCGGAGUCCCGAGCUUCUGGCUUUGGACCCAAAUGAUGAAGAUAUAUUGUACCUACGAUGUUCUAACUACCGUGAGGCAAAGAUUGUAACGUACGAUAUUCGUACAAUGAAGGUGAUUGACAUCUCUCGAAAGUUUCCAUGUCCUGAUUUUCACAUGGAUGCCUUUCCAUUUGUGCUCCCAUGGUGGCAGUGGCCAACCCCAGUUCCUAGACUAGACUGCCACACCAAUUAA